AUGGGCCAAACCAUGUCGAGACCCGCUACGAGUAAAACGACAGACACAGGCGGAAAUAGCAAGUUCUACUAUGGCCUGUCUGAGAUGCAAGGGUGGAGAAUCUCUAUGGAAGACGCGCACACGAUCGCUCUAGACCUUGACGAGGGCCAGGAAGACUCUAACACAUUUUUCGCUGUGUAUGACGGCCAUGGUGGGGGUAGUGCGGCGAAGUACGCUGGACAGAAUGUCCACAAACAACUUGUCCACAAUGAAGCAUACCAGAGCGGACAAUAUCAUGCAGCACUCAAGAAUGCAUUCUUGGAUACCGACUCAAAUAUGCGGAACAGUGCGUACGAUCGAGAUAGCUCUGGUUGUACGGCUGUCACUGCACUAUGUACCAAGGACGGCAAGAUUUUGGUGGCCAAUGCAGGAGACUCUAGGUCUGUGAUCAGCGUCAAGGGCGAGGUGAAGCCAUUGAGCUUUGAUCACAAACCGCAGAAUGAGGUCGAAAAGAACCGCAUCGCCGCAGCCGGUGGUUAUGUAUCAUUCGGACGAGUGAACGGUAAUCUCGCCCUGGCAAGAGCUUUGGGUGACUUCGAGUACAAGAAGAAUGCCGACCUAUCACCGGAACAGCAGAUCAUCACGUGCGACCCGGACAUUACUGAACAUGAAAUCACGGACGAGGACGAAUUCCUUGUCCUCGCCUGCGAUGGCAUCUGGGAUUGCCUUUCGUCGCAGCAAGUGGUCGAUGUUAUACGGCGUCUUGUCUCGCAGGGCAAGCAAUUGCCUGAGGUCUGCGAAGAGAUCUGCGAACUCUGCCUCGCCCCAGACACGACCGGAGGCGUUGGCAUUGGCUGUGACAAUAUGACCAUCCUCAUUGUAGCGCUUCUUCAUGGCCGUUCGGUCGAGGAAUGGCACCAAUGGAUCACCGAGCGGACGAACCGCAAAUAUGGCUACAACACUCCCGAAGAAUUUCCACAGAUCUACAGCGAUCAUAGGUUGUCGGCAUUCAGAGCGAGGAAGGAGAUCUGGGCACAGCGAGACAGAGAACGUGAGGAGUACGACACAGAGCAGCGUGGCCACGAGGCACGUGGGAUUCCUCGCGACCCUCUUGAGGGCAGCGUUUUCGGAGGCCUAAUCAGGGCUAUCGGUAAACAAAAUGCAGGUAUCACGAUAAUGCCGAGGUCGGGGGCAUGGCCUGGCAACGGCCGCAUCACGGAUCCAGAUCAACCACUCAUGUUUGACGGGGACGACGACAGCGACGAAGAAGGGGAGUCAAUCGAGACGGAGGAAGGCGACGAACGCGCACAAGAGAUCCGAGGAAACAAUGCCACUAACAGUCUCUGGGCGCAGCUUGAGGAAUUCGAGAGGGAGAGAGACGAAGAGGAUUCGCAGCCAGGAUCAAGUCCAGAACGCGAGUCAUCAACUCAACAUCGGGAGCUUCAAGGGGAGGCCCCAGCACCCCCAGCACCGUCUCAGCAUGGGGCGGGGACGACGAAGCAGCUCAUAUCGAUUCCGGGUGUUGAUGCACCUACCCCAGCGGUGGAAGCGGAAGGUCUCAUGGAUGCGAGCGAAAGCCCGUUGAAGGUGUAG